GUAUGGAACUGCUUUCACACUGUUUAAGGAGACACCCAGCUAUACACACACAGCCAUAGGAGCUCUUCCUGCUGAUUAUAUUGCCUGGAAAUUCUGAUGAUCCCCCAUACUUUCUCUGGGAGACUGGACCUUCUACACACAGGGCUGGGAGCUGGCUGAACCCCCUGCAAACCUCCUGUCAGAGAUCUGUGGAUUUUCUAAUGUAAUACUAGGAAACAAAAGCAGCCUGAUACAAAAGGAGACUAUCCCCACCUCCUUUUUUUUUUUUUAACAGCCACCAUCCUCCUACCCUCCCCCCUUCCACAAGAAGUAAUCCUGGGAGCCUUGCACAUGCUUGGGACAUUUCUCAGUGAACUGGUAAGCUCCAUAUAAUCUUCAAUUUCAUUCUCAUUUUUUUUUUAGCACUUGUUGGGGGUCUGAGUUUGCCUUGGAGAGCUGGUUAGGGGGAGGUGGAGGCAUUCACCCCACCACUUCCCCUCCCUUGGAUACACUGUAACAGUGAUCUGAUACAUUGUAAAUGAUUCCAUGCAAUCAUCUCUCCAUGGCUUCUGGCAUUUGGACAUGUUCUGUGUGUACAUUUUGGAGAAAAAUAAAUCUGUCUUAUUUUGUAGAGCUGCAGCUCUGAGCUGGCCAUGGAUCUGUGGGAAUGCUCUGAUCUGUAGGAUUCUAAGCAUGUUUUAUGGAUACAUUGUAUAGAAAUGGGGUGUGUGUUGGUCUGAUCUGUGUGAUGUCUGUCUUUUUGCAGAAUGCAGAUCCAGUCUGCAGAUAUUUUACUCUGUAUAUCUGAUAGCUCCUGUCUGCAUGGGAUGGGUGGAUAAAAAGGGGAGGGGGGGAGGCUUUAUAACUGCAGAAGUGCCUGAUCUAUUUAAUCUGAUCUCUGCAGCAGGGGGUGUAGGAACUAUUUGGAGUGAGGCCUAUUUUAAUGGAUUGCCUAAUUGUCAGUCCACCCAUUUUCCCCUGCUGGCUAUUUCCUGAAACCCACUCCAAGGCCCCACGAAGCCUGGGACUUUCCUGAGUAAGCAGCCCGGGCUUGGGUGGUGCAGGAAGGGAGCUUCCCACUGCCUGUUUUAACCCCCGGUUUGUUUUUAUUUGAAUGACAAAUUGCUAUAUUCUAUUUAUCUGUGGGUAGAUCUGUUAAGGAUACUCCUUUUCUGACUUUUUCUAUUUUCUGAGGCCUUGGCUUUAACAGUGAUGUGAAAUUUAAGUUAUUGGUAUCAUAUGUUCCACGUUAAUAAUUAACAGACAGCCACCUCCCAGCCUGUUUCAUUGUGAGAGCUGUGGAUCAGUUUAUGGUGGGUGAAGAAAAUGAGAUUUAUUUCCUCAUCAUUAAGAAACAAAGGACAGUAAGGCUGUGUGCUAGGCUUUGUUUGAGGGGUCCUGUGGUGGUAUAUAAUGAGGGAACAUGGCUGGUUAUUUAUAUUGUAACCUCUAAUCUUAUUUGUGCUGGUUUUAUAUUUGUACACAUUAACAUUUUGUAUGUGACAUUUGUUUAUGGUUUAUUACACGGUCUCCUGUGCCCUUAAAUCUGUCAUCUGGGAAAGCCAAAUGGGAGUUUGGGGUUCAGCAGCGAGGCACAGAGAGGGGGCUCUGAGUGGGGUGAUUUGGCAAUUAGUGUGAGUAUUAAGUAGUCACAUGAGGUGUGGCGCAGGGCUGUGGGCACCAGUGGCAAGGUGUAAGACUGGGUGCGGUGCAGGAAUGGGUAUAUGUGGUAUAGCACUGUGGUGGCCAUAUGAUCGGACACUGGAGAUUGGCCAUAGGGCAGGUGGUCCUGGGCUCCUACUUCUUGUGUGGGAUUUUAUGAAUCUACUUUUGUAUAUGAUGUACCCAGUGUAAUUUAAGGAAAACCUGGUGGUUGAUUUGUUUACUUCUUCUGUCCAGUCUGUUAGGCUGGCCCCUGACUGAUUGGCCCAGGGGUGCUCUGUGGGCUGGCCCCUGACAGGACGCGGGCGGUGUACAGGUUGGUUGUCUGGCACCUGACUAGAUGUGGGUAGGCUGACUAAUGGGCCCAGGGGUGCACAGGCUGGUUGCCUGGCCCCUGACUGUAGGACUCCGAAUAUCCAGGGUCAAGUUAUGUGGCCACUACACACCACCUUGUGCUAUAUCACACACACUCUCUGCGCAGUCCUGCACUAUACCAAAUGUAACCACUUCAUAAUGUCUGGCACCAUGCCCCUAGUGCCCACUUAGGACUCACACAAAUUUUCCAAAUCACCCAACUUAAAACCCCCUUUAUCUGUAAUCUGGUGGGCUGGCAAGGCCACUGGCUGAAGGGCCAGGGAUGGGGUACUCUGGCUGACCGGCCUGGACCCUGACUGAAGGGCCUGGGGGGUACGCGGUCUGGCCAGACCUCUGACUGAAGGAUCCUGGGGGUACUACUCUGCUGCUCUUGCCAAGUUCGUGACUGAAGGAACCUGUGCGUACUCUGACGGUCUGGCCAGGCUCCUGACUGAUGGGCCCAGGGCUGCUCUGGUCUGGAGCUAGAAUCCAAGGAAGAUAUGAAUGUUAAUCUUACUUUGUUACCAAAAUGAGAUGCUUGCUGAAUUAACCCAGGAUACCAAACAAUGUUUCAAAUCCCCCCCUCCCAUCAACCCCCUGAGCUACCAUAUCAGAGCCUUCCCUUUCUGUUUUUAAUUAGAUUUUGGUGAUUAAAUAGUUUCACUAUGGAGCUGACCCAUCUAUUUAGAACUACAUAGGACUGUCUAUGGACAACAAAAUCCGGGAGCUUUAGAGUCUGCCAGUGGGGAGGUCAGAAAGACCGGGUGCUGUGUGGCUGUGCCCUGGGACUUUUUACUUAACCGUCAAUUGACAAGCAAGUGGACAAAAUAACUUGAAUUUGUGCAAGAUGCUUUUCCAUUUACCUCAAUUUACUAUUUAGCAAAUAAUCUCCCAACUAAAAACUACAGCUUCCAUGGUGCUUUGUCAUUCUAAAGACAUGCAAAGCACCAUCGGAGGUUUAGUUUAACAACAUCUGGGGGUCUACCUUUUGGGCACCUUCGAUCUAGCUACUACUCUUUGGAUUUUAGUGAACAACCCAGAAUGCAGCUUAACAGAAAAUAAAAACCCUAUAUUUACUUAAUUUUUUCCCAGCGCCAAUGUCCCUCGACGCUGGGCCGACGCUCCGCCCCACCUGACAGCCCACGACGAGUGGGUGCUAAUGCGCAUGUGCACCAAAUGCUGCGCGCGCUUUAGACCUCCCCAUAGGGAAGCUUUGAAUCAAUGCUUUCCUAUGGGAAACAAAUCUGACGCUGGAGGUCCUUAUACAAAGCGUGAGGAUGUCCAGCGUCAGAUACCGGACCAAAGGUCCUUUUAGGAUCCAGGAAGUGCCUCCAGUGACUAUAUUACACAGCCACUGUGGGCAGACCUAGAGAUGCAAUGUAAACACUAAGGGCAAUAGUGUACUCAGACCACAUCAAUUAGCUGAAAUGGUCUGAGUGCCUACAGUGUCCGUUUAACACUUCACACUCUACACAGUUAUGGGUUAAUUUCAUAAGCAAACUGAAAAGCAACUGCAAAUUGUAUAAAAUGUGGCAAAGAAACAAACAUGGUAGUCUUUUGUCUGUAUUUUGUGAUCUGCUUUUUAGCUGACCAUUGCCCAGUGUUUAGCGAGUAAAUUCAGCAUGCAGAAACCCUUUACUUUUUUGUGUGUCUGUAAAUACUUCUGAUGGGAAAAUGAUCUAAUUCCACUGAGUGUGUGUAUGUGGGUUUUUGAAAACCUCUAUUCUCUAGUUUUGUAAAUGUAGUUUUAUAAUUUUAUUUUCAUAUAGAAUUUUAUUUAGCUUCUACAUGAAUUCAUAACUCAAUGUAGCAUUUCAAUCAAAUAAGAAAAAUGUCAUGAUACAGACUUAUUAUUCUGAGGUCAUUUAAGGUAACCCGAGCAUUUUAAUUUCUCAGAAUUUGUAAAACACUUAAAGAUAUAAAGAGAUGCAAAUCGGGGAAACAUUCAAAUGCAUUCUGGGAAUUCUUCAAUUUUUAUAUUUUAUUUAUUUGUUAAAUUGGCACUAUAUUCACUAGAACCACUGCAGCUUAAGAUAGUGAUUCUGGUUCUAUAGCCUGUCCCUGCAGGGUUAGCACUGUAAAUGCUGCCUUUUCAGAUAAAAGGCAGUGUUUACAUAGUUGACUAGUUGCACCACCUCUAGUGGCAGUCACGCAGACCACCACUAGAGGUGCUUUCUGGGUCAGUGGGCCAUUGACUCUCAGUAUCUCCACACUCUACAUGGAUUAUUGAUUCGAUGCAUCUCUGUGGGGAGAUGCUGAUUAGCGCAGUGCAUUGUUUUGCUGCGCAUGCACAAUAGCCUCCCAAUGCACAACUAUCAGAAAGCAUUGGAUUGGCUGAAAUCAUCAAAACUGAUCUCAUUGACAGAGGCUGAGCCAGCUGUGGCAAAACCGGCAUGGGGGGAAAAGGUGAGUUUUUAAACACCUUUUCAGAGUAAUCUAAAAAGGGGGGUGGGAGUGGGGGGACCUAAACAACUACAAAACGCACUAUGGUGUCAGGAAUACAUGUUUGUAUCUCUGACACUAGAGUGAAUCUUUUAAGGAAACUAAAAACAAAAUAGAUCAAUGGCAGUCCUCAUAGUUUGUACAGAAAUCAAUACAUCACAGUGAUGACAUUUACUGUCAAAGUAUAGAUUAAAGGUUAUGUUUAAAAUGUUCUGCCCCUUCUACAGCACUUAACCCAAUGGAUGCUUUGCAGACAGAAAAGAGGGUUUGUAUACUCUAUAUAAAGCGAUAUCUUGCUCAUGGCAAGUGAGGUUUAAAAGCUUACAACUUCUAUAGUAUUUACCUGAGUUUACCCUGCUUGGACUAGGUGUUGUGUGAUUGAACCCAGUCUGUCAAGAUAUCUGUCCUACCGCAUGUGCAUAGUCUCUAAGAAGCAAUUGAAGGUUGUAUGCACGUACACAUCAUUUGUUUGAGAGCACCUGCUAUGCCCUCUAUAACCAGACUAGAUGUUGUGUAGAGAUUCAGUGAUAGUCUAACAUUUCUGCAAAACGCAAAUGAGAUUCAAAAUCUUUACACUUUUUAUCACUGUUAUAACAUAAAAAGUGCAGAUUAUUAGGUUUAUUUAUUUUAAUUCAGUUUUGGAAACUAGUAAAAUGAUAAAUGGCCCUGUUCUGAUUAAAAUUAUCGGUAGUCGAAAUUGUGGUUCUACAUUACUAGCCAGGCCUAAAAUUGACUUGCCACUACAAGCCUAGGGAUAGAUUUUCAUUUUGUAAUGACUAGUGGGCAAGUGGAAAAUCUGAACGCUGCAAUUUUUUAACACAAUUUUUUUUAAUUUUGUUUUUUUAUUUUGGCUGAUGAUUUCGCAGUAGAUGUGUUACCAUUUUCCACGGCCCUGGACAGGAAUAAAAGUGUGUGUGUGAGAUAUAUAUAUAUAUAAUUUACACACACACUUUUUUUUUUUUUUAUCUUUUCCCAAAAGUGUGUAUUUGUUGACACCAGAGAGUUCUUUUUUUGGUUAGACUGCUGUAUGUCCCUGCAGGCAGCUGGUUAAUUAAUAUAAGCUUCCAGCCCUCGGGGUAUUUUGCUCCGCUUCAUUCUUUAGCGGUGAUCUACACACAAAAGCUGGUGUUAAUCAUUGUAUCAUUGUGCAUUUGUUUAACUGCCCCCUUUCCAUUGAUAUUCAUCCAGUGCUAACUGUAACAAAGGCUUGGAAGCCCCCUGUUACAUUCAGGGCCCGGUUAGGACAGAUGUGGGUAACCUAUUCAUCUGGAGGCCUCUUCCUGAUGUCCUAAAGUGACACAGUCAGGACCUCUGCUUGCAUGGUAACGUUUGCACUGAAGUGCCAUUAAUUAGCAUAUAUCUUGCCCCACACGUGUUAUGAAAUCUCUGUAUAGAGUGCUUUGCUCAAAAUUGUAACAUUUUAUGCUGUGACUUCAGUCGAUCUCUGCAUCCCAGCAGCUGCCAAGGACAUUGUUUGACCUAUACGUUGUAUUAGGUAUAAUUUAUGCCUACCUCAUGCAACAUUUUUCUUUGCAUUCUCUUAAAGGGAUACUAUAAGUGCCAGGAGUACAAAGCUGUAUUCCUGGGACUAUAGCUCCCUCUGCCUCUGCCCCUACCUCACGUUCCCCCAGUCAUUGAAUAAAGGGUUAAAACCCCAUUAUUUACUUACUUUAUCCCAGUGCUGAUGUCCUUCAAAGCUGGGUUUUGGUUAUCUGUCCCACGACGAAUGGGUUCUAAUGCACAUGCAAGCCAAAUGCUGCGUGCUCAUUAGACCUCAUAGUGCUUUUCUAUGGGGAAAAAUCUGACACUGGAUGUCCUCGUGAAGACGUCCAGCGUCAGAUACCGGACCAAAGGUCCGUUGGGAUCCAGGAAGCGCCUGGGAGACAGCCACUCUAGGCAGACUUAGUGCUGCAAUGUAAACAAUGAGCUGAAGUUGUCUGGGUGCAUAUAGUGUCCUUUUAAGUGCCAGCUAGGGUUGCUACAUUUUAGGGAAAAAAGUACUGUAUACUGUGUGUGUCUACUGUAUUAGCUUAUUGUAACCAUUAUUGGCAUGUAUGUAGCGCCAACUUAUUUCAUGACGCUUUACAAUGUUAUAAAGGAGGAAAUUUAACAUAAAUAGGAAAAAUUACUAAAUGUUACAGGAACAAUAGGCUGGUGAGGACCCUGCUCAAACAACUUAAUAAUUGGUUUUGACUAGGCUGGUCACAGACUUAGUCCAUGCCCCUACCAUUCCCCUUUGACCGACCUGAAUAAAGUUUCUGCAUAGGGUUAUGGAAGUAUGCAGAGGGUUAAAUGCCGACUGAGCAGAAACCUAAUUACCCAGUCUCUGUAUAACUCAUUUCAGAUGAUUUAUUUUUUUUCCUGUCUAAACUGUACUUCCCGUGCUACAAUCCCAUCUGUCCCAGCAGGGCUAAUCCCCAUCUCCGUCCUCCCCCACACACACACAUUUCAGAGUGUCAGCUCUGCAGACUAGACUGAAGAUUUCUUUAGUGUGCGUAUCUGUUACUUUUUAAUCUGUUCCAAAGCAUUUUCCAAACCCUACUAUUUGUAUGCUACACUCUUUUGAUAUAUGUUAACAGCAUUACAUUGUGCUGGUUUAGCAGACCUCGCUCAGUAAACACUGUUACUCAUUUGUGUAUAAACAGUCAGAAUAUUGCUGGAACUUGUUUAUACAUCAAUCUCCAGAUCGCUGGUCUAGGACUGAUGCACAUGAGGGGUGCUUGUAAUAAAUGCAAAUUUCAAGGCUGUAACUGAUAACCUGUACAUUUUAAAUGUGUGUGUUAAAUAUGUAGAUACACAAAGACUCGGGUUCGCUUAACAGCAAGCUACUGAUCACAUUUUUAAACUUUGUCUGAAACCAGUGUUUUGUUUUUUUUUUGUUUUUGUUUUUUUUUUAUGUAUUUACUUUUUCUGAAAUGAUCACAACUCACUGGGUCAUAAAUAAAAGUCUCCAGAUUAUCAUAUGAAUUAGGUUUUUUCAGAUAUAGCUAACUUUAUUUAUUUCUUUAAAUAAAUAAAAUAUAUAUAUAUAUAUAUAUAUAUAUAUAUAUAUAUAUAUAUAUAUAUAUAUAUAUAUAUAUAUAUAUAUAUAUAUAUAUAUAUAUAUAUACAUACACACACACACACACACACACACACACUAUUAUUAUUUUUUUUUUCUAGUGAGCUCUCUUAACUCUAGCGGAUGAUUUUGGGGCGUUUAGCCCUUUGGGCAACUAAAGUUUAUGAGCUAGUUUUAUUUGUAACCGUGUCUCAGUGUCAUAAUAUAGAUUGUGUGUGUUUUGUGUCAAUGUGUUCUCCAGUGUCUUGAAAUAGUGUAUAUGGGCCUCAUCGUCUAUGAAACAUAAAUCUGUUCUGACAGUUUCCACCUGUUUAUUUCCACUGCUGUUAUACUGUAUUAGUGGAUGAUAAACAGCAGGUCUUUUUAAAAAUAAAAUACAGGUUUAUUUAUUUUUUGUCCAAUGCCAUAUGGUCUUGCAAGUCUGUCUUUCUGGUUUGGCAUUUAAACCCUUCUAGCUGUUUGAUUGGGGUGUUAAUUGGGGAAAUUCAGAACCUAAAUAAGGGUAAUAAUAUGGACAUUUGGGAAGUCUUGGCUACAGGCCUAUGCUGUGUAUUGACUGUUGGUAUCCCACACAGUCUCCUGCCGUGUGACACAGAGCACCAGAUAUGUUUUCACCCUUUCCUUGACCUUUUAACCCCUUAAGGACCAAACUUCUGGAAUAGAAUGGAAUCCUGACAUGUCACACAUGUCAUGUGUCCUUAAGGGGUUAAAGGUGUGAAGAUUUUAAAAUGGGUUCAGUGCCCUAUAACAUUCUAACUUUAUUGAUGUUUACGUAAAUUGUGCUGCCUCUCGCUCUCUUCCCCCCCCACCUAAAAUGUUUUAUUUUUUUCUUGUGAGAUUGUUUGUGUGUAGUUAUCAUAAUGUAACAAUUUUGUAUAUUGAUUGUCAGUCUGUUCAAUAUUUAACAAAUUAAAGUACAGUUAAGGUAAAUUGAUGUAAUUGUACCUGACUUGGGUGUCUGAUGGACUUGACAAAUGUAUAAUAACAGGAAAUGUAGCCAAAAAUGUAUCAAAAGAUCCUGCCUAAUUUCUGUGGUACCACUACUGGUACUUGACAUUGCCAUGUUUUUCAGUGGAAUUUGGAGACUUGUCUACAUUUGCCCUCAUUCAACUUGUAAUGUGGUUACUUGGCACGUUAUCUUCUAAGAUAUUGGGGAAGACCUUUUCCUACGCACUUGUUUUAUCAUUGUAUUAAAUACUAGAGUACAGUUUGAUGCCCAGUGAAUACCUAGUGCAAUGAUAGAUCUAUUCCUCUGUAUCUGUUACUGUUGAGAAUUGCUGCCACACACAGAGUAUAUAUGAGAUGAAAGACUGUGAAAUUCUUCGGUUUCCCGACCCCUAAACCCAGAGUGUAGUCUGACUCACUGUUGUAGUCUGUUCGUUCCUUCCCAUUUAAAUUCCUGUCUCAAGGCUGACUGAGGAUAAUUAUCUGUGUCUGUAUUUAUAUCUCAAGAGUGUUAAUUAAGAAAUUAAAACAUAGAAACAUAUUUCUGUAUCCUUUAUAUGGCAAACAUGGCUUUUAAAUAAAAAGUGUGUGUGUGUGUGUGUGUGUGUAUAUAUAUCUAUCUAUAUCUAUCUCAUUUUUUUUUUUUUUUACAUUUUAAGAUAAGGUUUUGUGUGGGUUCUAUCAACCCUUGUAUUUUAGGUUGUAUGUGAAACCCAGCAUUUUCUCUUUCGUAACGCCCGAGACAGUUUUUCCAGCAAACUUGCAAUUAGCGAGUUAAAUACUUGUGUGAAAUUGGGCUCUGGGAUGAAGUUUGUGUGUACUCCAUUUUCUUGGGUGCACAUAUGCACUCAACCUGUGCUGUGGGGAAAUAACUGAUCUCACAAUUAAACUACAGGAGAACAAAACAAUUUGUGAUCUAGAUAUAUAUUCUCUUUAAAGUCAUGGGAAUAAAUGGCACGAACACAUUUCUAAAUUCUCUUGAUAUGGGUGCUAUGUAAACAUUGUUACUAAAAUAUUGCAGUGCGUUUUAUAACCAGAAUAGUGAACUGGACCUUUAAAACCCCUUAAGGACACAUGACAUGUCAUGAUUCCCUUUUAUUCCAGAAGUUUGGUCCUUAAGGGGUUAAAUAAAGUGCUUGACUCUUCUAUCUAUAGAUUUGAGCUUUGUAUGUUCCAGGUUUUCCUUGGAUAGUGAAGAGGUUAAUUGAGGUCACUAGCCACACCCAGCCUCUUUAACCCCUCCUCCUUCACUCCUGUUCAUUUAAAAGGGGUUCAGCCCUGUCGUGACCUCUAAUUGCCCCACAAUCUCUCGCCCCAUCUGCCAUUCGUGAAACAACAACCCCAGCAGACUGGGCAGUGGAAUCCAUAAUAUUAAAUGUUGCACAUGCGUUACUGAGAAAAUCUCUAAAUUUUAUAAUUUGCAUGUCUGUGUGAGCUUAACAUAGCGGGAAUUAGCUCGGGACUGAUUUCUGGUUCUUAACAGGUUUCAUUUAGAUUUUACUUCUUCAGUUAUGUUUUGAUCUUCGUAUCCAAAAAAAUUGCCUCUAGAGCUGCUCUUGUUGUGUUUUUUGGGUGUUUUUUUUUUUUUAUGGUUUUGUUUUUCUCUUAAUUUAAUUUAAUUUUAUUUUUUUUCAUUUUGUGAAAGAUUAAAAAAAAAAUCAACGUUUUCACUCUUCUCGGAAGAAAACGAAAACUCUCUUACAAAUGCAAUCUUUUCUUAACCUGGUUCACCCUCUAUCAAUUUCAUUUUGGUCUUUUACUCUGUGAAUUAUUUUUUAUAAAGAGUGAGAUUUUUUUUUUUUUGGUUGUCUGAUUUUUAAUUCUUUUAAUAAGAAAUUAUAUAAAUUUCCAGAUUGCUUUAUUAAACAGAUCAAACAUGUUCUCUUCAUGCAGUUAUUGCCAGAUCUGCAAAAAGUGGCGUGCACACAUCUUAGAAAUAUAUCACAUUUUAAAAAGGCAAAAUUACUUUUUUAGAGCCCGUCUCUUUCAUUGGUUAUGCUCAGUCUUCCCUUUUAGUUUGCGUUUCACAAACUUGAAUUUUAAAAGUUGACCGUUUUCACUGUUCCUGGAUAGAUUUUACACUUUAUUAGCAAUAUAGCCAUCUAUUUCUUUUCUUCAUUCUUUGUACUUAAUAUAGAGCUUAUACCUUCCUUUCCUCGUGUUUGGAUACUUUUUCCCCUUCACAACAUCAAGUGAUGGUCUAGGCGAAAUACAAGUCCUUUUACUAAAAUAUAUUCCGUGGUGGACAGCAGUGUGUGAAUGAGGAGUUAUUUGUUCUCUGGUUAUUUGUGUUAAUAAAAUGCACAGAUUAUUGUAAGUAUGGCUUUAUGUUUGCCUCGUUUGCUGUUUUGAUUACAGAAAUUACCAUUUUUGUGGUAGAAUCUCUAUAACAUGCCCAAGCUUUCGGACUGAAGGUACUCAUUUCUAUAUCAAGGAGAAUGACGGACGUAUCCGGCUUUAGAAAUCCUGCAAUUGAUUAAAUGGGUGCAUCUGGACCCUUGACUCCCAUUUAGUAAGACGUGUGUAUGUGCGCUUCUUCGUCCAAUUCUGUAUUGUAGGAUAGCAGAGAGUGCUGUGAGGUUGAAGCAUUGUCAACAUUCUUCAGAUACCAAUGUCUUCUUUCCAGGAAGAUGGAAGAUGGCGUUGACUGUUGUGGAGAAGCCAAACCACAUCACUCGGUCUGACUGAUGAUUAUUUCUUGGUCAUCAAUACACAGUGAGCAAUAGUUAUCAGACUUGUAAUGCUGGUAGUGUUCUUUGAAAGAAUGCACAUACUAACCAUGCAUCAUCUCCAGCUAACUCAUUUUAUGGACUCCUUGCAGUUAUUUAAUGAAGACCACACACCACGGCCCAAGAAUUAAAGUUGCAAACCAUGAAACUGUUCCACAAAAUGGAAAGUGAAAACACAUAAAGCUCAUGAAACAUUAAAAAUAAAAAUAAUAACCCCACCCUUCCCUCCAAAUUUCUGCUAGUCUAGAACAGUUUUGCAGUCUGUUUGCGUUUGGGAUCCUAAAUUCUACAAAUACUUGUGUAGACCAUAAUUCCAGGUCAAUGUAAACUUCCUGCUAGGAUGGUUUAUAAAGAUAUUCUUCCAAGUUCAAAUGACAUGGGCAGCUCUCUGUGGACACUUACGGAAAUAAACAUGGUCUAGCAGCCAAACGUUCUUCUGCGUUCAAACUGAACUAAGUUUAGGCUAUACAGAAGGUCGAGUUAUUGUGCUUCUACAAUUUCCGCCUUUUGGCCUGCUUAUUCUUCUGAAUCGACCUCUUCUUUUUUUUUUUUUUUUUUUUAAAUGUCCAAUAAACCUUUUCGACUCUUAAUAGUCUGAUAUGUUAACCCUGUUUUUAAUUAGUCUGAUCAUUAGGAAUAAUUUGCCGUUUUUUUUAAUUAACACAGCGAUUCUUGUUUUUGCCUCCUGGUAACGUAUUCUGCAGAAAUGGAAACCGUAUUCCUUUCACUUUGUUACAUAUCUGGAAAGUUGCCUUCGGGUGCACGUUAAAAACAGACUGCUACAGACGCUUUAGUAAGUUUUCUCUUGUUAGGAAAUAAUUAUUGGCUUUUACGUUGCAACGUAUUUACAAAUGAGAAAGGGUUGGGCUGUUUGCACUGCAGUAGCCUUUAUUUCUUGAGCUGUGUAUUCUGUCUGUUUCUGAGUUGGAGAAUAUAUUAUGUAUGAUACAUAUGUUGACUAUAGCUGUUCUUGGUGUAGCAUAACACCAAUGGGGAGGAGAAAAUGGGGGGGGUGGGGGGGGGUUGAGGGGGGAAUUUUCUGUUUACUCAAUCUUGGUAAAGGAGAUUUCACAUGUGCAAACAAAAACAAGUGUGUUUUUUAAUAAGUGUGUUUUUGUUUUUUCUAUAAAUUUUAAGUAGGCUUUUGUAAGCUGGCAUGACUAAUAAUGAUAAAUUCUGAUGUAUAUAACAGAUUAUAUAUCUAACAGUGCGCAGACAGAAUAGGUAUAGUUGGUAUUCCUGUUAAUUUAAUGGAUGCAUUGUUUACUUCUCUGUAAUAGAGCUACAGCUUCAUAUGUGGUUGUCCCCUAGGAAACAAAAUGGCUGCCACCAGACGUUUAGUUGUCCUGCUUUUGUUUGGUUAUUUAGUUACAGUAUAUUAAUAUGUAGUCCAACAAUGACUGGUAUAAAAUAAUUCUGCAUUGCUGCGGACUGGGCCUAUGCAAAAUAAAUAAAUAACCCCCUUAACAUUGUGCUUUAAUGGUUAUAGUGUCAGGAGUGCCGUGGUGCCCUCUACCCCUUAAAUGUAACAAGUCUGACUGUUUGCCGAUGGUUUGACUUCGUAUCUGGGGUCUGCUGGGCAAAGAUUCCUGCAUCCACUGCAGCCGGAAUCUCUCAGCUCUGAGUUCCGGAUUACAUGGCUAAGCUCCAUGGUUUAACGUGUUCAGAAAGCGUCUGUAGAUGUGCAACACAUCCACUGUUCACUUAGGUGCUUUGUAUUUCCCCACCUCCCCUUCAUACAGGUGCAUGGACAUUGCUUGUUGUUUUUGUCUGUUCACUAUUACUUGCUCUGUUAUAUAGCCAUGUGUAAAUUAUUCUUAAUAAACUUGUACGAGCAAGGAUUGGUUUCCUGGAUAAUUUUUUUUUUUUUUUUCCCCCAGAUCUUCCAAGUGCUUUUUUCUCCUAUUUGCUUACUAUUACACCUUAAGAAGUCAAAUGGUUUGACUAUUUAUUUACUUAAGGGGGAGAUGCCAGGGCACUUUUGAUAUAAAACUGAUACAUAGUGGUUAUGGUGCUUCACGUGUUCCUUUUUAAGGAUCAAUGAUGUUUGGAAGUGUUCAUCAAAUAGUCCUUAAGAAACCUUAGGUCAGCCUUGUGGUGUAUUCUGGAUUUGUGCUGCCCUAGGCACAAGUAAAUUCGGGCACCCCCGAAUCUCUAAAUUUGCCCCAUCACAUCGUACCAAAGCCACUUUUUUUUUUUUUUUUUGACUGACACACUUCCUCAUUGACACACUCACUGACCGUCAUUGGCGCACACACACUGUUUAAACAAUCCACACUUUCACUGACAGACACACACUGAUACACAUACACUAAUACGCACUCACUGACACAAACAUCCUCAUUGAUUUGACACUCACUCACUGACACUCACUCACUGACACUCACUCACUCACUGACACACACACACACACACACAUUUUCUCAUAGACUCUCCAAUUUUUUUUAAUUUUUUUUUUAUUUGUUAUUUAAAUCCACCCAGACUCCCUACCUUUGGGAGAACUGGAGUGGAUCAUGUCCCUGAUUGCUGCUGGGCUGGCUCCUUGCUGGGCGGACUGGCAGACGCUCUAUGGAGACGUCAAGGAAACUGAGCUCUUCCUGUUCUGCUCCCUCGCGCAUCUCUGGGGCCAGAGUGACGUCCUAUUCCGGCUCUCAGCAUCAUAGUAAGGCAUGUGAGGGAGCAGAAAGAGCUCAUAGGAGUGCGCUCCCUCGCCACACGCUGAGUGUCUGAAAGCAUUAGGGCGCACUCUUGGGCUCCCCAGGAUGAGGCAAACAUGGCAUUUGCCUGGUCACUUAGGGCAGCGUUUUUUUGGCAAAUGCCUUGUUUGUCACGUGGCAAAUACAGCCCAGGGUCAGCCUGGCCUGUUUAUUAUGUAAGCUCUAUAGUGCCCAGAUGUAAAUUGGAGUAGGAGUCUUUGUUUUGGUAUAGAAACCUUUAAUUAAGCUUUUUAUAACUAAACAUACUGUCAUUCAUCCUUUAAAGCAGCACUGUCAUAUUUCCAUUUUCCUCACAAAGCUGGAAUAACCUUGAUACCGCGUAGAAACUGAAAUUCCAUUGCAAUCAAUAACAGACAUCUAUGUUUUUUUUUUUUUUUUUGGACUCCUCAUGGCAAAAUUUGACAAUGAACAGAGCUACUGCUUGCAGUGCACAAGGGUAUCUAUGGCCGCUCUCGCGCAAAACUUAUAGUCCCCCAUUUUGUUCUUGCAGUUAGUACAAUAACGAUGCAGUCCCGGCAGCAAUAGCUACAUACUGAACCCAAAAGAUGAUGAUGAUUCCUGUCCUAUUGUGUUUUACACCCCACCUCCUUCAGACUGUAAGCCCGUUUUAGCUGGGCCCUCUUCAACCUAUUGUUCCUGUAAGUUUUUUGUAAUUGUCCUAUUUAUAGUUAAACCCUCUUAUAAUUUUGUAAAGCUCAACGGAAUCUGUUGGUGCUAUAUAAAUCAUAAUAAUGAUGGGUUGGAGGAAAGUGACGUUUAGAUAAGCAUAAUUGCCUCUCCAUUCCAGGCAUCUCCUGUUUGUCUUUGUAAAAAUUGUCAAGAUACUGCAAAUGAUACUUUCACUUUAAAGGGUUUUGCCCUGCAGGACGAAAGGAAAUGAAAAGGGCCCUGUUUCAAAAAAAGCUUCUGCUUUUAUUUGAUUUAUAUUUUUCAUUUAAAAAAAAAAUCUUUUAAACAUAAUUUACUUUAAAAAUAAAAAAUGGUGUUGUGGAUUUUUUUAUUUUUUUUAUUUAGACCUCUCGUUUCUCAAAGCCAAGAGUUUCCGAAAAUACUUUUGAAUAAAUGUUCUAAAUAGAAGGUGCAGAUAAUCUUAUUUCAGAUUAUUAAACAAGACAAUGGCGUAUUGGGUGGGCCGGGAAUUUCUGAUGUGCCACCGCAUUAAGUGUUUUUUUAUAAAUAUAUCUCUCUCUAUCCUUCCUGAUUAAAAGCAGACAAUUUUUCGAGUUGGCUAGAUCUCAGACACUGCUCCUAGUGAGAAAUAUCCGUUUAAUAAUGUUGUGUCCGCCUGUCCCUGUGAGGAAAACCCUUGCAAACAUCAAGUGUCUCUGCUGGAUACCCAAGAGGUUGUGUUCCCUGCCGGCAGGUGAUUUACCGCUUUAGAGUCCUGUUUGCACACAUUCAGUCUCCAAUCUUUUCACAGCUUCUCAGUGGGAGCAGAAACCUGCUAGUUCUGCUUUUCGGAGUGUGAAAGUGUGUGAAUUGAAAAGGAUAAAUUUUGCCUGCUUGCUGUAUUAUUUUUGUUUCCUCCCUGGAUUUUUCUUUUCAAUCCCUUUGGAGCGUGAUUAACGGUUUCGAGUGGUCAAGUAGAGGGAGGAGAGUUGACAAACCACAAUGACAAAAUAUGGUCGGAGAGGAAAGGGUUACAAAGCAUCUUAUGCCUUACUAAAAAAAGGCAAGUUGAGAUUGCUAUAAUUACAGGGUGCACAGUGUCUAGUCCGAUGAAAGGGGAAAAGGAUUGGUGAAUGUUCUCUGUAGAUAGCUUGUAUUGAAGAUAAGGAUGAGUAUUCUGCCACAGGGCCAACUGUGCAUCAUGACUCAACCUGUUGCUCACUUCUGGCAAUAAAAUGGAUAACCAAUAUUGUAGAUUUUUUUUUUUUUUUUUUUUAUUAUUUUUUUUUAAUAAUCAAAUUUAACCCCAUAUGGACCAAACGUCUGGAAUAAAAGGGAAUCAUGACAUUUCACACGUCAUGUGUCCUUAAGGAGUUAAUUUUACAUUUACUUUUCGAGAGGGCAGAUAUCUGAAGCUUUAUUUCAAGGCAGAAAGUCAGGAGCAAGAUGGAGGUAAAUUGUGCGGUAAAAGCCAAGUAUUUCUACUUUAAAAUUUAGCCUUGCUUGUAAACCGUAAACAUCAUGUGUUCUAUAUUGACCGCUUCAAGCCCAGGAUUAGGUAAAGAUCUUAGCAUUUGGAUAAUCAUGGCAUGCUGAUCUGUAAAGGGUUAAAUGUCAUUUGAGUCUAUGGAGUAGAUGGCAGUGGUAAGACAAGUCAUUUUAUAGGAGCUUGUUUGACUCAUGACAAACGGUGUGUUUUGACUUUGUUCAUAGCAUUCUAAAUUUUUUAUUUUUUUUAUUUUUUUAUGGUUUAGUCAUUCUUCUCUCUUCCCCGAAGUGUGAAGUUACAAAAAAAAUGCUGACUACUGUGUGUAUUUGGAUUGUAUCUAUGAUGUCAAAAUUACUUAUGUAUAAAAUAAACAUAAUGUAACAUCUAGUUGGAGAAAUCAUUCUUUUUUGUAUUGGGAUAUUUUAAGAAUGUUGUGCUUUUCUCCACUAAACUUUGCUGGCUCAUAACUCACCAUCGUUACAGCAUUUUGAAUUAUUUGUGUUCUGCCACGUUUUCUCAUGGUGAAACUUCAUUCCGGGGGAAGUACAAAACAAACAUUUGGUGUCUUAUUAACCAAAUGCAGUAAGAUAAGGUCUUGUUCGUCCUUCCUCCCUUAGUCGAGUGCUUUAAGAAGAGUUGGAGAUGCCAAGUUGUAUCUCUUGCUAUGAUAAACUUCACUGGUCUAUUUCACCAACAGGCACAAAUAUAGAUUCCAGCCACGUUCGAGGAAGCACUGGACUCUCUCUCAAUGCAUCAUCUGCUGGAAGUCCAUUCUGUGUGUCCACCAUAGCUCCUGCUAAAAGAUGUCCUGUGUCCUCUAAAAAAAAUUUCUCUCCAUUAAGAGAGCUUUACCUCUUGUUCUAUUCCUAUUUUUGUGAAAUAUGCUUCCACUUUGGCUUUGAUAAUGUGGUUUCUUUGCCUUGUGUGGGUUUUUUAAUUUUUUUUUACAAGGUCUUGUUUUUUUUUUUUAGCUAAAGCAAUCACCACUUUAAAUACUGGCUGAUGAAAUACAAUGCACCAAAAAGUGCUGGCAGUUCUCCUGACUGUGCAGUUUACGAACUAUCCUUGUUUGCAAGCAUUCAAGGUGUGACAUAGUCAUUUGAACAGGCUCCAAAGCACUUGGGAACUGGACUGUGCAAAUAGACUUAUUCAAACAGUCGUGCACAGUGAAUUUCUCUCCUCCAGUCUGCACCCAUCAUACACCGCCUUUCUUCAGAAGGAGAGUCACAGGGGAAGACCAGGUUUGCAAAGUGUUAACUGUUUUUUGUUUUGUGAUAUCCUCAGGAUAUGUAUACUUUAUAAACCACAAGAAACAGAGAUUAGUAUAUAUAUUGACACGUAACACAUUUCCCCCUCUCUGCUGGUUCCUGAACUACGGCAGGUAUUGAGUUUGUCCAUCUCGGGUAAAAACCAUCCACAUCAGACAGGUCAAGCAUGUUUACUUCUGCACAGCAACUCUGAUAUACGUUCGGUCUAGUUAUUUCAGUAUAGUCAAAAUAUUUCAAGUGGAUAUGCCUUCAGUGUUGCUGAUGGCCCCAAAUACUUUAUAUCAUGGGUGCCCAAAAGCCAGAUCAUAAAAAAAAUGUUUUAGAACUACUCCAAUGUUGCUUUGCAUGCCUUUAGAAUGACAAAGCAUCAUGGAAGUUGUAGUUUUGAAACAUCCGGGGAUCUACCUUUUGGACACCUCUGCUUUAUAUCAUCCUUUUAUGUAAAAGGCAAACAAGGGUACAGGUGGUCCCCAUUUAGCGACCUACCUGUUUCAUGACGCCACGCAAUUUCGACCAGGUGUAAAUGCGAGUUGUCAUGGUGAUUCUCUGCUCUGGUGCGCAUGUCUAUGUUCGGGGAAACUUCCCCGAACAUAGACGAACGCAUGAGCGCAGGGAAUCCCUCUAAUCUAUGUUAGAGAGAACUUCCCUGAACAUAAAAAAAAAAAAAAUGCCCAGUGCAGGGGAAUCACUCAAAUCUAUGUUCGGGAAAGUUUCCCUGAACAUAGAUGAAUGCAUCAGAGCAGGGAAUCCCUUAACUCUUAACUUACCGACCAAUUUGUUCUACGACCGGGUCGUAGGAACAGAACCCGGACGGUAAGUGAGAAGUGUUUGUAUACGGUUCUUCAAUGCCGGAGUAUUGUUAAUUUCUGUGAGACCCCCAGCAGAGUAAAGGGCAAUCCAGGCAGUUUGCCUGUGUCGUAGAUGAGGCUUGUUCAAGAACAUAAUGUACACGUGGUGUGAAUGCAUCUCUAGUGUAGGGGAAAACUUGCCUAGAAUGUUUCGGAUAUAAACGGCCAGUAUAAUCAAACCCAUCAGUUAUUGAAGGCCUGUUCUAUCACAAAUGGUCAUUACACCAUUGCGCCCAGUGGGAAGAGAGGGAAGUCGUUUUGUUACGUAUUCUAUGCUUUUGCUUUUUGGUUGGUCCAGCUAUGGACAGAGAAUAGACUAUAUUUAGCAAAUUAUACUAUAGGAAGAUAGGAAGACCUGGCAUAACUAGUGAUAUGUAUGAUACAAACAUUAUUGUUAAUCGGCUUUAGGAAUCUGAUUACAUUAUUUUGGGGAGGUUAACAGCAUUGAAAGUCUUGUCUGGACAUCCGCCCAUUGGCUGUAAAUAUCUUUGAAUAAUUCCUACCCCACCCAGGGUUUUCCUUUUUUUUUUUUUUUUUUUUUCUCUCUCCCCCCUCUUCAUUUUAUCAUGAGAGCGUUUUUAACAGACUAUCAGAUGUCUGCCUCGUUUCAGAGAAGGAUGGGUGCACUGUUUCACAUACACACUGUCUGUUACCUGAGCUCUCUGCUGGAGAUAUGUUUCCAGGACAGAUCUGAAGGAAAUUACACCUAGUUUUAGGGCUAAUGUGUUCAUGUAAAUGCAGUUCCUUUUACACCCCUGAUACAAUAACCCCUCUCUAAUUUGGGCCCCUUCAAUUCUAGACUGUAAGGGAAAUGGUUAUGUCUAUCCCUAAAAGCCAAUAAUGUGUGUAAUCUGAAAUGAAUGAGGUAGAGUAUACAGAAGUGAUGGUUGUUUGCCCAUACAACUGUUGGUUGUUGCAAUUAUUUAGUUUUUUUUUCUCUGAUGUAUCAAUCAAACUCUUCCCCUUUUAUGUAUUUACAUUUUACAUGUUCAGAGCAAUGCCUUUUACUACACUUCAUGUUGGUCUCUCUCAUGGCUAUGAUGAGUUUAAAAAAUAAAUAAAAUAAAUAAAUAAAAAAAGUUAAUUAAUCGUAUAGUCAGUCCUUUUCUCUUGCCUGUUUUGCCUAUGGCUUUUUAAAUCCAGGUAUUUAUGAUGUGUUAUUUUAUGAGCCUCUGUUCUAAAUGAUUUAGAUAAUUCUUGGUAGUUUUACUGGCUGGGUCUGAUUUUUAGAUAAGAUAAAUCUAGCCUUGGUAGUACAACCUAUUUCUAGAGUACUACUCAAAAACCUCAGACCUGAUUUAACCUGUCCAAGUGCACUGGUGUGCAGUGGUGGACGCGGAAUGAGUGUGGCUGGCAUUGCACUAGUGCGUAAAUCGUGGGGUUGGCUAAGGGGGGUGACUGAGGCUGCAUCAGCAUGCAGGUUUGGAGAAAGGAGCAUGACACUGCACUGAUGUGCAGGCUGGUUCUUUACUGUGGUAAAAUGGGAUCCAUGUACAGCAUGGUGGUACGUCACUGUAAGAUUUGUAUUUUUUUUUUUUUUGCACAGUUGUGUCGUCUUCUACCCUGCAGACAAAUGACAAAUCUUGCCAGGUGAUAGCAGCUGAGCAAUGCAGGGGGUGUCCAUUUGCUAAGAGCAGAGGGUUUGGCCCCAUCCUGUACAUGUGGCCAGAAAAAUCUGCCUAAAUAAACAGUAGUAAUAGAACUUCAUUGAUACCAGCCCUUCUUAUCUCGUGAGAUAAUGGCUCAGUAAACUGUUACUUAUUGCCGUAUUCUGACCAAUUUAUUCCUUUCCGUUUAAUUUAUUACUAAUUUAGAGUCGAGCCCCAACCUAUGUGUGUAUUAGAACAUGAUCAUAUAAUCUAUGAGCCACAAUGUAUCUGCUGAGCUUAAAUAGCCCCAGGAGCUGUGGAAUGGGGGUUAUUUAUGACUAUAACGUUUGUGUGUAAGUUCAGUCAGACUGGUCCUGAAAUUCUAGUAAAGUUUAUAAGUUCCUACUGUCCAAAUUGUAAGACUGCUUCCUACUUUUUUGAGAGAGAUUUCAUUACAUAAUGUGCAGAGUCAAGAUUUCCGAAGCUCCAUUCACACUGUUGCCCUCCCCCUUCCUGUUUUAUUUAAUAAUACAGACCACGUGAAUGUCUCAAGUAUUGUUCUGGUCACUAUGGAGAAAGGCUAGCCACUAACCAUUAAUUCUCUUCCCAAAGCGACCGCAGGUUAGCAAUCUGGCUAGUAGAUCCGAUGGCUUAACUGGUCCAGAAUUUGUGCGAGAUGGGCUCAAUAUGCUUCUAACAUGAAGAAAAUAAUCAUAUAAAUGUAGUUUCUCUUUCGCUGUCCCUUUGGGUACAUGUCGGGGGUGCAAUGCAGUUUUUUUUAACGCACACCUUGUCUACCAUCUAACUCCUAUCAUGUGCGUGCUUUUGGGCCAGGGUUGCAUGUGGCAAAGGAUAAUUGGAGUUGCAGUCUGUGACAGACUAUAAACACAGGAAAAGGUCUGCUGAUCUGUUUCAAAGGGCUUUCUGGUGUAGGAUGUCCAAGGGUUGAAGGCCCUUGGUCUGUAAAGUUAAGUGAUGCUUAAAUUACUACUUCAGACUUGCUUUGCCCAGAAAUCGAGCAGCAAACUAUAAUAAGGAUAAGCUCACUGUAAUAUGGCGGCUGCGUACAUGGCCUAGGCUCCCCAAGUCUCUGCUGUCUACAAAAGCACCGGUCUUAAUGGUGCCUCCGUUAUAUUUGGUGUUCUCUUCUUGAAUAGACUUCUUCCAUUGUCUUUUAGCAGGUGAACGAACUGCACUGAAAGAUCUAGACCAGUUAUUCCUUCUGUACACACAAAGUCUGUAGAGGAAGAGAUCACGCCAUCUCCCCAUCUGUGUUUUCAUGGUGUCGUCUGCCACAGAUUGUCUUGAGUGAAAAUCCAGAAAGGUAGCAAGCUUAGAGUAAUGGCCAUUUCAUUGUGUGAAUGUCCUGUGUGUCCCGUUCCAUUUUGUUUUAAUAAAGUAAAUUGAACAUUUAGUACACACUGCUUUUGAGAUCUGUAUUUCUUGGUAUUGUGUUUAGUUAUGCUAGCAGUGUUGGUGUUGAACCCAACGUUGUACACGGUAUGCUUUGUCUCAUCUCCUGUUUAUUUUGAAGUUUAUUUUGGUCCUGGAAUGUCACACUUGAUUGUUGAAGGGGAUAACCACAUCUGUUUUCUAAAAUGUCUGAGGGUUUUUGUUUUUUUUAACUCCCCAUAUGAACAAAUGCUUGUUAGACUAAAAAACAUUUUAAAAUGUAUUUAUUUUUGACCUGUAAUUAGGUUGCAUCAAGUAUGUCCCAUACUUCUAGCAAAUUGCGUACACAUGACCCAUGGGGCCCCGGUGCAAUAAUUGAUCAAUGGCCCCCUCCCCCACGCUUACUCGGCGUGGGCCGUGGCCGCAACACAUGGCGUUUAAACGUUUUCACUGAGAGUUAAUCCAGCCUCUAGUGGCUGUCUCAUUGACAGCCGCUAGAGGAGCUUUCCGCGAUUCUCACUGUGAAAAUCACAGUGAGAAGACACUGAACGUCCAUAGGAAAGCAUUGAGUACUGCUUUCCUAUGGGCGGUUUGAUUUCGCGCGCUUCUCUUGCCGUGCAUUCGCAUUCGGAGCUGAGAGGCGGAGGGAUUACCUUUUGUAGAGCUGACGGGAUUACUUGGGGUCCAGUGGUGUUGCUGGGUUCCUGGGAAGGCAGGCUGGCGGCCGCCCGGCCCCCCAGAGGAAGAGGCUGGCCACAGUGGCAUACAUACCGAGUCGCAGGGUGGCCGGGCCCCCUGGUGGGCCGGGCCCGUCGCAGCCGCGACCCCAGUAUGUAUACCACUGUGCGUACCCCACAAAACCGAGCAUUUAAUUUUAGAUGAAAGACUAGAAGUACCAAAAAACUCCUGUAUCAGCUGAUGUUUACGGAGGAACUCUUGGUGUCUUUUCUAUUUGUUAUAAGAACGCCCUCUAAAGCUCUCUCGGCAUUCUAAUAGCAAGCUUUUUUUUUUUUUAUUUCUUUUUUUUUGGCAAAGCAUUUUGCUAUUUUUUAUUUUUUAUUUUUUUUAUUUUAUAAAAGGGAGCAAGAGCCACAAUGAUCAUAGGUACCUAAUCUAAAAAAUAACUCCCUUAUUUUUCUUUUGCAUGUAAUAUAGCAUAGCUCUGUUGUUAGAACACACUCGCUCUAGGUCCUUAUAACACUUAAUUGUAAGCUCUGUGGGCAAGAAUUGCUCUUUUCCAGUGAUCUCCCUUUGCGAUUUGCUCUGUGUGGUUAUAUUUUUGAUAUUUACCAGGGCUCCGCUCCAGGGCUCUAUUAAUGUGGCUUAAAGAUGCUCUCAGUGUGUCACUGCAGACUCCCUUGUUAUCUCCACAGUUCAUCAUGAAUAUAUUUAAGAGAAAUCCUACAUACUGCUAAUUGACUUUAAACCCUGCAUAUUAUUGAUCACCGCUAAUCUGCUGAUGCUUGGAUGUUCAGGUUUCCUCUUCGAUACCGACGCUUGAUGGAUCCUUUGACUUUGCUUGAUGUACCUGAGCUUUGGGUCCAUUAGGCUUUGGAUAAAAGGAUUAAUUAAUGUGCUUUGAAUGCAUGACUGUAAAGGGAGCUGUUCUAGCAUUCUUCUGAUAUCUGGGAUCAGAAUCCCAUAAUUGAGACCAUGGCGUUAUUUCCUGUUUUUAUUUUAUUUAUUUUUUUCUUGACUGAUGGUGCAAGCUUUGUGAUGGGUAUAUAAAUACAUUGCCCGCAUUGAACACUCUAUUAGUGCAUCAUUAGCCACAUUGGCUUUAGUGUGGCCAUUGAAUUCUGUUCAGAAUGCAUAGCUGCCCUAUUGGUUUGGUUCAUUGUGUCUUGGUCAAAUUACGUGGUAUAAAAUGUUCAAUUGGAGAUUAUAAAAAAACAUGUGGUAAUUGGAAAGUUUCAUUAUAACAAAAAAAAGGGAAAAAAAAAAAAAACUUAAGCGUGUUUCUGAAAUAUAUCCAUACAAUAGCCUUCUGUUGCAGUUCUCUGUAGGGUGUUGUACCAUUGAUUGGCAGCAGGACCCAUUUACUUUCUAAUUAAAUUGGCAUGAUCAGAGACAUUUCACAUGCUACAAGGACUUUGCCCGCUCACUAUGCUGAUUGACAGUUUUGUGAUGUGUCUUUAACCUCCGCAAUGGCUUUGUCCUUUCUGUUCCAUCUAUAGAAUGCUUGGGAGUUCUCUCUGUCUUAGAUGGUAGAUGUACAAUUGUCAGGCUUGUCGAUUACACAGAGGUAAUCUUACACCAUACUCUCGAUCCUAAAGAAUUUUCACCAAGGUUUUGUUAGUGUUUCAGACACAUUCUGGGUUCAUCCUGCCUCUGGCACUCAAACAGUUAAAGUACAGUGUGACUUCCAUUUUCACAUUUGGCUGUUACUUUUCCUUGGGGAGUUGACUCACCUUGGUGACUUGGCUCAUAAAUUUUAUCACCUCAGCCCUUCCCUUUAACAAACGUUUAAUAUAUUGAUUUUUUUUUAACCAACUGUAAAAACCCAGUCAAACCUCUCAUGGCUGCAGGUUCUCUUCCUGGCAGUUUCAAUUCUGCUUUUUAAUUCUUCCAAGGUUAAUGAUGAGCUCCAUUCCGGGUGUACAAUGGUGACCUUAUAACAUUCAAAUUGAUGUGUUUCUAAUCUGAGAAGGUGCAACCAUUUGGUUACAUCAACCAUGAUGAUCUUGACCUGCCCUUGAGCACUCCCCAACCCCCAACUCCUGAGGUUGCAUCCAUAUAAUGUUAAACUGAAAAGCCACUCUUUCUUCCUCCAUGGACUUCCUCUCACAGAGCACAGCACAGCACCUUGUCAGCUUUGUGAAACUGCAGGCAUGAAGUGGUCUGUGUGACCUUCUCCCCCUCUACAGCCUGUCAGUUAUCAGAUCGUUCAUUUGUAUCUGCUCCAUGAGACUUUCCUUUCCAUUAUAAUCUAUAACUCCUGAUAUUGUCCAGAGCCAUACACUUAAGAACCAGACCCACAGGCCCUCACCACGGGGUUACAGGCUGUCUAUAUAUUUGUCUGUUCUUAUUCUUCUGCUUGGGUAGAGAGAAUUGUUUAUUUUUUAUUAUUGUUCUUUCAAAAAUUUUUUUAAAAAUUGUAUAUUUAAUGCAUUUGUGUGUGUGUGUGCGUUUAACGCUUAUAUUUUGGGUUUUCUCUGGAAUUCACAAGUUUCACAAGAGAAUGCACAGAGGUCAGCCAUCUUCGGUUUAAAGUUUAAAACAGGCACCUUUUUCCAUGUUUACCAAAUGUUAUCAGAUGGUAAGGGGAGGGAGAAAUGGCAUAAUUUCGUAAAAACGCUCCUCAUUUUAUAUCUGCCAUUCCAGCAAAAUGGCUGAUAACCAACUACAUUAUUUUAUCAAAACCACUCUAUGUAGUUAGACCUAAAUAUCACCAAUACCUUGAGACCUCACACUUGUUGUUUUGCUAAUUAUCCCUGUGAAUAAAAAUAUCCUAUACCAUUCACCCUUAAAUUUAAAAAUUUUCGUUCGAUUUUUUUAUCUGCUUUCCUCCUCCCCCACCCCAAAGGUAACCUUUUAUAGAGCGUCUUGCUGUUGUAGAUCUAUAUACUGUAAUGUGGCUGUAGUUUGUUUAUUCAGUCUGACUUCCCCAUGCAUUUGCUGGUUUAUCCAAAUUUGAAUUUGGGUGCGGUGGAGGGGGAAAGGGAAAGUCUUUGUGAUCCUUUCGUCUUGGCUUGUGUGUGUGUGUUUGUUGAGGGCAGCUUAUCCCAUGGAGAAUAUUGGAUGAAACAGUCUACUUGGAAGCCUCACUUCAUCUGAGGCCUAGACAGGUUGGGGGUAUGAUAGAUGGCGGUGUGGUUUCAAUGUAUUGACGGCAGCUGUUAGUUCUCGGUAGGGCAGCAGGUUGAAAUGACUCUCUGUCCUUUGCUACUCCAGGCCUUUGUGCUUGAUUCCUUCAAAUCCUUCUCUAGAUAAAAGAAAACCAACCCUGUAUUUUCAGCUCUUGUCAACGUCGAACUAAGGAUGGAGCCGCUGAGGGUUUUCUUUUAAGCUUCUGACAGUUGCUAUAAUGAAGUCAAACUCCUAGUUGUCUUCUUGAUCCAUGCAGUUCUAAGCAGUCUAGAGGUUUUGUAAGAAAUAGUAGCAGCAGAGACGGGUAGUAACAAGCUCUAGAUUAAGUCCGUGAGCAUCCGAUGAAAGGUUUGAUUGCCACAAGGAGAUGGCUUCACUUUUUAAUUCCCUAAUGUAACAAAUCCUCUCUUUAGAGAGAGGAUCUUGUGACUUAAGCAGGUUAUUGUGUGUGCAUAAUUAUUUAAUAAUUACUGGCCAUAUCUUGGGUUGGUUAAUUUCUCAAUUAGAGCAUACUUUAGGAUUAUUUUUCAGUUUUGCUUUUUAUAUUUCAAGAUCAUUCUUUUUUGUUUUAUAUAUAUAUAUAUAUAUAUAUAUAUAUAUAUAUAUAUAAUUUUUUAUUUUAUUUUUUAUUUUAUUUUUAUUCACACCUACAUUGUGCACUUUAAAUAUGAUAAUUUUAUUAUUGGUUUUACCAUGGAAUGUUUUUUUAUUUUUUUGUAUUGGCAUUUUUAUAACUUAGUUUCCUUUUUAAGUAGAAAUUGCUAACUGUAUUUUUAGCAUUUUGUAUUCUUAUUAUUCGAUCUGACUUUUUUUUUAUGUUGUCUUUGUAUUUAAAACUUUGCAUUGUGGGUUGGCCAUUAUAAAAAUAAUAUCACAGAAGGAAGUCCAGUUUUCCAUGUCUUGACCUGACUGCUAGGUUAGAUAUGGGUUUACCUGUGAUCUGGUUCUAGACUAUAACCAGCCUGAUUAUAUAGUUCAGUGGGUUAGGAGACACAGAUUGACUACAUUCACUUGCAUGCACCUGAUUUUAGAUCAGUUGGAGUGGAAUUGGCUAAUGUCCUCUUGUGUCACUCCCCUCCACAUUCGUGUGUGUGUGUAAACAAUAAUUCUUCAUGGCAAUUAAAUAUUAUUUGUGCACUUUUAAUUUGUGUGUGUGUGUGUGUGUGUGUAUAUAUGUAUGUGUGUGUAUAUUAUUUUUUAUUUUUUUUUAUUAUACUCGCCCAGAAACAUAUUCUCCAUCCCUUCUAUUUUGUGUGUUCUCUGCCAGGAGGUCGUGAAGAUUUUUGUUAUUGUUAAAUCCUAGUAUAAGCUUUGCCAGCACAGUUCUUUUCUACAAGGGUGAAAGGUUCAUGAUCCUUGGUGCCGGAGGGAGCUGAUCCUAAGAACAAUAGUAACUAUAUCCUGCCAGCCAUAGACCUGUUAGACAUGAACGACUACAACAUUUUUGUGUUUUGAUUUAAUGUAAUAUUGCCAGGAAAAUUGGCCUGCUUUUAUACCACUGUUUCAGUGAUUCUACAACCCAUGUGAGUUGUGUUAUUGUUUCACAUUGGCAGCUAUGAGCGAUUUUGUAGCGAUUACAAAUUUAAACAUAGUAGACUGAUAGAAAUUAGUUUGCCUGCUCUUGAAGCCUGAAUCUAGCAGCUGUUUAUUAAUUUCUUAUUUUUAUUUUGGAAGCUCUAAGCAUGGUUUAGAAUAGAUUCUAAGAGAUUUUACAAAAUAUCACACAUCUUUGCGUUCUAAGACCAAGUGCAGCCCACCCCAUUACUGGUAUAUAAACUUCUCAGGUCUAGGUCUCUAGUGGCACUGCUUCCUUAUCAGGGCUUCAACACCCCCUACCAUUUAAUAUUCCUAUUCUGACAUGGAAGGUUUAUGUCAGUAACUGGUUAAUUCUUUAAGAGCUUCUAGAACAAAACAAAUAUAUUAAUCUUAAAAGCCAUAAAUGCAUCUAUACCAUGCCUUAAUUUUCACCUUUCUGGUUUACACAAUUAAGGAGUUGUCCCUGCUUUCAUUCUAUAAACACUGCUGUAUAUUUAACAGUGCUCUAUAUUAUUAAUAGGAGCUUUCUGGUAAAAGGUAAGAUAAACACAGGCAAAAUAGAUCCUCCAACAAUUGUUCCAAGUUUGGUCUGUCAUAUUCUUGUGUCUGUCCAUUAGUCAGUGUUUACAAUGCUAGUUACAUUUCUAGCAGUAUAAAUCUCCAUGGUGUACACUUCUCAGACAGCAUGAACUGGGAAUAAGAAUUCUCGUUGACCUAGGACUCGAGUUACAUUGGUUUAAACCACAAUCAAAACUGAAAGUAAUAGGACAUUAUCGCUACGGCUUAUAAACUGGCUUUACACCCUUAGAGUGGUUGUGGUCUUAAGAAAAAAAACUAUAUAAAAUUGAGUAUUUUUAAAAGCCUAGAUUAAUUAUUUAACAACUCUGGCAUUCCCCAUAACCCAACCAAUAUUGACGUUCUUCUUGUAGACAUUGGCCAGGCAUUGGGUGUGUGCCUUUACUGUAGUGCUGCCUCCUUUUCUUUUCAGGCAGGCUCUGCCCAAUUGUGUUAGUCUGCCCCUUUCUGUUUCUGUGUUUGGGGGAAAAAACACUGUUGUCCAGGCUGCUGACUUGGGAAAGUUGCCAGGUUUGGAAUUAUCACAGUAUUUACCUGUUCUCCAACAAAUACCCCAGGCAAAACCCAUUUGUCAAAUUCUUUCCCAGUGGUCCUCAUACAGUAUUUAACUUGUUCUUGGCAUAGCCUAUUUCAGGUCUUGGUUUGUAUAUGGUGAGGCAGGCCUAAAAGAUUAAUGGGGAACCGUAAGCAAUACAGGAAAACCUACGGACCUUUAUCAUAAGAUAGUUGGAGGGAACUAUAUAGGACAUCCUGGGUUUUACUGUAUGAGCUUGGUAGGGACGGAGAUUGUUUGUUUGCAUGGUUUUGACUCUUAGCCAGGGUUCUCUGUCCUCUGUGGUGUGAAAUAAUUGUAGUUCUCUUUAACGAAAUGAUGCCCUUGACCUUGGUAUUCCUAAAGAAAAUUAACGGUGGCAGCUGUUUGCACAGUGGAGGAACCAGUGCCAUGGCAUCAUUCGGAUACUGGAUCAGUAACCUCAAUUUACACUUUAUCUGUCAUAGUGUACUGUAGUAGAUGCUGUAAAGAUUGGGUGCACUCCAUCUUUGAUAUGUGUUGAGCCUGGUCUCUUAUAUGCUUGCACCGAGAACUCAUUACCCAGUGACAGAUUUAGUGGAACUCAUCAGUCAUAUGGUAAUUUAAAAGAAACCACUUGUAAUAUAGUUCCUAAUGGAUCAUUGUAGUGUUAAUUCCAUGAUAUUGAGCCAUUCAUGUAUAGGAAGAGGGAGGAGGAGGAAAUUUCUGUCCAAUUGUCUUCAUAACAAAGGUAAAUAUUCAGAGAUCUAGGAGGUGAAGUUCUCGGACCAUCACAUAGGAAGUCAAAGGAUUGUUUCCAUGUGGGUUUUUUUUAUUUAGUUUUUUUUUUCUGACACCUGUCUGUGUAGUCAUUGAGUGAUAUGUUAGGAGAUAUUGGACCGUACCGAUUAGAUCUUUCCAAAGGCCUAUUUACUGAUCAAUAUAAAGUCGUUUUAGAGUUAUGGCAGUUUACAUUAAAGAAGAGAAAAUCCUGUGAAGGGCAGUUGUGAAAAACACCCACAGAAACCUUUUUGGAUGGUGAGUGAAGGAAAGUGAGAGUUAUGGUAAAAGCAUGUAUUGUCCUGAAAUUAAUUUGUAGACAAGGUUACUCUGUAUAGUCUGGUUUUCAGCAUUCACUAAAUAUCCGCAUUUCAAGGUCUAUAUAAUGUGUUCGAAACAAGGGCAGGGUUAGAAAGGAACACAAACCGAAUUUGCCAGCUAAAUAGAAAACUAAUUUAUAUCUCUCAUACAAGAUCCAACAGAUCCACUCAUUCACUAAACGGUUAGUUUUAUUUUUUGUAAACACCUCAUCUAGGCAAAAAUAAUGGUGGUUUAGUUACAGUAUAUGAUCAUACAUUGCAUAAGCCUGCCACAACGUCCAUGUGCCCCAUUUUUGUCAUGUCCAAUUCUAGCAACCGAAUGCCUACUCUUGUGAGAUUCGUCCAAGGUUAAAGAGGGCAAUAUAUAGCGGCAAGAAGACUAGAUGGAGGAGUUCUGUUAAGUUCACAAAACUUAAAACCUAUGUAUAUAUGCUGGAGAAGAACUAGGACCAACCAGGUUAGGAGUGGAAGGGAAACCUGCUAUUAUGAGCUGAGAUGAGGAACGUAUUCUUCAUUUUAUAUAGUGUUUCAAUAAAAGACAAUCCCCAUAUGUUUUGGUCUGCCUGUGUUGUUUCAAACUGUCAGGCAUGACUUGUCCAGAUAUUGCUUAGUAGAACUGAUCUUUAAUAACCUGGCAGGUGUUCAUCUUGCUCGGUUCAGCUCCAGGACUUAAAUGGGGCAAUGGCUUGUUAAACGAUCCCUAAUGCUGCCACUGGUGACUCGGGCCUCUUCCUGACCGUUACAACACGCUUGGGUGAAGCGGUCUUGUUCUUGUUUGGAAAUCGGAAGUUCCUCAAGUUAGUCAGGUCUCCAUAGAAGAUGCCUCCAAGAUGGUUGUGUUUUGUUUGUUUUUUGUCGUGUUUUUCUCUGUUUAAAAAUAACCUCUUUAUACUAAAAUGUUGCCAUUCUAGUACUAUACAAGUUGAUGGAAUAGAUGUCAAUACAAUAGGCUAUUAUGUGUAUGUUGGUAAGAAUGAUGUAAAAAGUCCCUCUAGGGGCCUUCAGGGGACACUUGAUUUUGUGUAAUGUUACGGCUUGUUUAACCAUUUGAGUGCCGACGGCCUAAUAAUGCCUUCAACUUGAGUUUUAUUCAGUCUUCUGGAAUCCUUAAACAACAAAUUUAAACAAAAAAAGUAGAAAAUAGUUAAUAAUUUUGUUUUAUUUAGGAGACUUGUUUCUGUGUUUGGAAGUAAUGGAUGUUAAUGCUGAUUCAGUGUGGAUUCUAGAAUUGCAAUUACAGUACUUAUUUAAAUUAUAGACCAGAUGUCAUAAUUAUGAGGUUGUAAGCUUGUGUGUAUUUCAUUGCAGAAAAGUAGUAGAUACAUGGAUUAACCUCCCGGUGGAGGCAGUAAAAGGUUAACACACUGACUGUUUCCGAGCACAUUAUGGUUAAAAUGUAAUUCUUUGCUUGGCUGAGCAUUGUGCUAGACUGCACACACACUAAUAUUCUUCUCUUUCCUCUGACAUUUGGAUUUUACUACAUUGUUAAACCUAUAUAUAAUCUUCAGGGUUUUUUUCAUAUCUGUCCUAUUUGUGCACAUACCCAGUACUGGUGUCCUGUUAGUGUAACCAGCAUUGUAAUAUUAUAGCAUGCUGUCACAUGACAUGCCUGUUAUUUUAAGGGAUCUGUUUACCUGUGUGUUUCAUUGUUACCCAAUGGGUGUCUGUCACGGGCAUUCUCUGGGCUUCCUACGCAGUCUGCCCUGUAGGGCUUUGCAUUGUAACUAGUUGCCAUCGUAUUGUAUUCAAAACUCUGUCAUUCACGCAUAAUGUACUUUUUGUCUGCUUUGCUCUAUACCUGCAUUUGUGUUUUUUCUUUCUGCGCCUUGAUGGCUACACAGUGUAAAUAAAUCCACUUCCAUUGUGAAAUAGUUUCCUUACCCUCGACGUGCUGCAACGGAUGUAAAAUACAUAACUUUUUUUUUUUUAAACCAUGUGUAUGUAUCUGCGUGUAUAAUGGUAGCGUAAAAUCAAAAAUAGGCUGACUGCAGGCCAAUAACAAACGGCUUACCCUCUGCUAUCAUUUUUAAGCUCAGAUUAAUUUGCUCGCCAUCUCAUUUGUUUACAGAAUCGGUCCUUCAGUCUGUUUGAGACUUGGAGUGCAAAGAGUUAGCUGUCACAACGUGUAAUAUUGGAGCGUCAAUAGAUGUACUCAGAGCUUUACAGCUACCAUUACAUUUUAUAAGGGAGGCACAAUUUUUGCAGCUGGUAUUACAGCUCCCAGCUCUACAGAGCUUACAAGCUGAGUCAGAAAGGCUUCUGACAUUUGCACAAGGAGAUCAGGAAGCCUUUCUUUCUGCAUUACCAUAAUUUGCUUCUAUAGGAUUGGAAGGAAUUUCAAGCAGUUCAUACACACACACACUUUUAAGGAUGGAUAUAUCUACCUAGAUACCUACAUAUAUGUUGAAAAUGUGCGUAAUUCUUAAGAAUGUUUCCUAAGCAAUUAAGCAUUUGAGUUGGUCUCCUCUUUAAACCUUUUGUAUUUGGGUCACUCUAAAUACUGGCCAGGUUCUUAGUUGGUCCUUAUGAAAACCUUUAUAACAGAGUAGGUUAGGAUUGGCCACUGAUCCACGUGGCUGAUGUCAGAUUCUAGAAACAUGUAACGAACGAGAGUGGGAAAGGGGGCUGGCUUUAAAAAAAAAAAAAAAAAAAAAAAAAUUCUCUAAAAGUAAUUUUUAUUUUUUUAUAUCAAAAUAAACAGAGCUGCUAACGUAGAAACUAUUUUUAGACUCGAAACAUUGAAAGAAAGUAAAUGCGUGGAAUUCCUUGGACUGCUCGUUAGCCACGGAAUCUCCGCCAGUCUUGUUUCAUGGCCUGCAUGCUUGAAACGUAGACUGGGCUGGAGUGAGAUUCAUUAUUUUUCAUGGCUCUUGGUCUGUGCACAGACAGUAAGAGCUCUCGAUGAUGGAUGAGGCCGAGAUGAGGUAAUGAACUCUGGGAGUGCGAGCGUGGGACUGCCAGGGUAGGAUUUCCUAAUGUCUGCUUGGGUUUCUAGAGCCAGGAAGGAAUUAAUAACUAUUAGACUCAAAUUGAAGCUCUCGGAACAUACUCUGCAUGCCUGUAUCUUUAUGGAUCCAUUGUGAGCUAGUGAGAAGGCCUCCAAUUGAGCCCCUCCCAAGUGCUAAUCUGUGGACAUUACUGUAGGGGCUAAUCCAUCAAUCUAAAUCAAAGCUCUAAAACCCCUGAACUAUCAUAUUAGCAGUCUAUCUAGAUAUAAACUCUAAUCUUAUUUUUCUAAUAAUGGCCAUUUAUUGCAUUCUCGUAGUAUAGAAUUUUCAAGCAACUUUCUGUGAAUUCUGCAAAAGUUAAAAAAAGAAUUUAUUUGUAACUCUUCUUGCACUUAUUUUUCUUUUUAUCUUCUGCAUGUCCUAUUUAACGAUCUUCCAACAACAAUUGUAAUUGCUGUAAUGCUAGAUAGAAUUGAAUGGACAAUUUAAAGCUACACCAAUAAUGUUAUUUGUAACUAGAAACACCUUUUUAAACUUCCUGUUAAAGAUCGACGUGUCAGUUUAACGAAAACAAAAUGGCUUUGGGUUAAUAUAAUAGACCACAGAAAAUCCUUUUGCAAUCAUUAUUUCUUUUAAAAUUAUUCAUCAGUCUUUAAAGGCUCUAAGGACCAAACAAAUUUGCGUUAUUGUAAAGUUCCUGGUGUUGAGUAGUGAGUACACUCAUCCUGCUCUCAGUUCCGAGUGCUUCCAACUGCAGCAAUUGGCUAGCAACAAACUAGCUUUCCGUUUCUUCAUACUCUCGAAGAAAGAGAUUUCACUCUAUACUUCGCUGUGUCUGUUUCAUCCAGCUUGUGCUGGUGGCUGGUCCUAUCCCAGCAAACAGGCCAAAUCACAAAAAGUGUGAACCUUACUUUUUAUAAAUGGAUAGCAGGCACUAUUUGGCCAUCAUUUUAGCGAGUUCUUUUUGUCUUGUGUGAUAUGUGAGAUUGCAUGAUAAGUAGUUUAUCACUCCGCUGUAAAUAUAAUGGAUGGAUAAAUGUUUUAUGGUACAAGAUCAGAUUCCAGAGGCUACUGAUUUUUGGACCCUUUCUCUUGUCUUCAUUAAUCUGCAUUCAACCUAAUUCAGCUGAGCAGCUUCAAUAUUGUUCACAAAUAAAUCUAAUUAUUCCCGGUCCUUGUUCCCCUAUAAACUAUAUAUUUUUUUUAUGCAUAUGUUAUUUGGUAAGAUCGAUAUAGAUAUGAUACCUAUAAAAAGAAAAGUUAACACAAGAUAUAUUUGGCUGGAAAAGUCAAAUUUGCACUUUCCAAUGUUUUUUCUUUAAAAAAAAAAAAAAAAGAAAAUGUUCAUUUGAGAUGGUAUAGGGGAAAUAGUCAAACAGAUCUAAGGAGUGGGAAGUGGGUGAAGUGCUAGAUAAUUGUCUCAGAAAAUCUAUAAAAAUCUCUGCCAUGUCUAAGAAUCUAACGUGAAAUUCUAAUUUCUUGUAGGAUCUUGAUUUCAGGCCAUGAAAGGAAUCAACUCUGAGGAGUCUCAAUGCUGAGCCACCGAAGUCCGCGGGUUUUCAAGAAUACUCCAUGCAGUUCCCCCACAACAUGUACAGUGGUUCCUAGGAUAGACCCAAAUCACCGACCACCACCUCACUGUCCUCAUCAUCUGGUAAGACUCAUGUUGUGUUGAUACUUUUGUGUUCUAAAUAUCUAAAUAUACCAAAAGGCAUCACCGCCCAAUCUAUGUACUUGUCCUUCUUUUUUGAUUUGUCCCCCUUACCCCCCUAAUCAAGAAGAAAGCAGGAUCUGGGCCAAUACAAUCUGCUGCCUAUAAGCAAUCUAUAUGAGCACGGUACAAUUUCCUUCAUGAUUUUUUUUUUUUAUACACUGGGAAUGGACCACCCUAGUCUGGAGGCACUACGGAUAGAAAAUUGUAGCGAGUGCCACUCCACUUCAUGCAUAUUUUUUUUUUCUGACCAGUCUUAUUGGCAAGUACAACUUGGAAAGGAACUUUUUUGUGAACGAAUGACAAGUAUAUAUUUUUCUAAACUGAUCUUUUAAUAAUUUGACAAAUAUGGCUACUUUUUUCUGAAAGACAGUGUUUACAUGCUUCUGCAUUUAUGUCCCAACAGUACUGUUGACGUAUUUUUCUUUUUAUUAUCAUUAUUAUUAAACUUAACCAUAGGUGUCUUUGUUUGUGAUUCCAAUAUUUGGCAAGCUUAAUGGUACAAGAAAAAAACAUUGUGAGGGGAAAACUGAAAAAGACUGGGUUAUGGCUCUACAUUUAAUCCUUUUAAUAUAGCUUACAGUUUACAGUGCCAAAACAUUAAAAACGGCUUGACUGCAGACCCAUUAACCCAUCCGUUGCCCAAUAAACACACAACACCUGUAUAAUGGUUAAGGGCAACGGCCACAGCUUUAUUUAACAUUUUUGCCAGCAUUAAUACCAACUGUCAGCUGAUGGGGUGAUUCAUCCAUCAGACAGAUCUCACAUCCUUUUACCAGAGUCCAAAGCAGUCUGUCUUCUGCCUUCAGCCCAAGCAGACUGCGACUCCCCAAUCCGACUUGGCAGUUGCCUUCCCCUGCGCUGGCCAGGUAUUCCGCUGUGACAAAACAAAAACAGACAACCAGACACCGAGAAAACACCACCACCACCUACUACGAACAUAGACUAACACAGGGAGGGAGGGUGGGAAAGCUCCUGUCAGAUAUCUCCCUUCCUGCUGAGUGUCAAGGGCCCACCCCCAGCUUCACGUAUAUACCAGUCCCCUUUGCUACAUAUGUAUCCCAUUUAAUCCAUUCCUGGGCAGCAGUCAUGUCUUUCCCUUCCUUAGCCAGUUCAGGGAAACCCUUUCUAUUCUACCUUAUUGAGCCAUGCAACGUGCUCUAGAUGGAACAGAAUAUAAUGAUAGAUGUCAGAAAUUGUCCUCCUUUCCCCAUAAAUAUCCCAAAAGAAUGAAAUAAAUAAAAUUAAACUUGGUAGCAAUGUAAGAUCGGUAGUGAUUAUUUUUUAUUAGUGUUUUUUUUUUUUUUUUCCUGGGUUAAGGAAACACUCAAAGUUCCAAUUUUUUGCAUAUGGUGCCAGGAGUAAUUUGUCAAACUUUUUUAGAACGGUUUAACUACUUGCUUUGCUUCCACUACCCUUGCAAGAGCGACUUGUCUCUGCAAUGGGGGGGAUGUGUUAGCUGAAUACUCUUGGUCAAUGAAACUGGUUUUAUAUCCGACUAUAUCAGCUCUCUAGCAGGAAAAGCUGGUGACUGGUAAGUUGUCAACCGUUCUAAAAUGGUUUGACAAAUUGCUCUGGAAGGGCAGCAGAGCAUUCCUGGCACCAUAACGACUGCAGUGGGAUGUAGAGGUUUACAAUGCUUGGAGUGUCCUUUUUAUUAAAAAAAUAAAUUUAAAAAAUAGUUGUGUUUUUUUUGUUUUUUUGUUUUUGUUUUUUUGGUCUGC